UACGCCACUUAUACAAUAAAAAAUCUAUCACAUUCUCUUCUUAUAUCAACCAACCAUUCAUCUUACCUUAUCCUUUCCCCCCUUUUAAUCCAAAUAUACAAAACACCCUUACCACAAACUCUACACACAUUUCAACAACAACAAAAAAAAAGAUAAUAAAAAUGGCCACAGCCUCAGCAGCAACACCAUCUACAAUCACUGUUGUAGGAAGCUCAGUUAUUGCUUACAAAUCAAGGUAUACUAAGAAUGUUAACAAUGUGAAAUUGAUCAAAGGAUUCAACACUUUCAGUGGUUUGAAAGCUCAAAACAACCCUGUUUCUUCACUAGGAGUUCCUGUUUCAAGUGAACAAGCUUUUGUAAAAGUUAUGUGUUCAUUGAAAUAUCCAUCAAUGGUAGGAAGAAGAAGUAGAGGUGGUGCUUCUUCGGCAAGAUGUAAUGCUGCAGGUGAGAUUUUUCAGAUUGCAGCUAUUAUUAAUGGUCUUACUCUUGUUGGUGUUGCUGUUGGAUUUGUUCUUCUUCGAAUUGAAGCUGCUGUUGAAGAAGCUGAGUAAGAAUUUUUCAUAUAUGUAUGUAAGUUUAUAUAUCAGAAAAAAAUAUGUUGUGUAUUUUGUGUAAUUCUUGAUGUUAUGAUGUAGAACUCAAUUGUUCUUGAGGUAUUUGAAUAAUACCACUUGGAUUUUUAUUUUGAGAGAUAUAAUUGUACACAA